AUGAGAAACCACAGUGCUGUCUCCGAGUUCAUCCUCCUCGGACUGUCUGCUGACACCCAAAUCCAGGUUCUGCUUUUUGUGUUGUUCCUGGUGAUUUACCUCUUGACUGUGAUGGGGAACUUAAUGAUGUUAGUGGUGAUCAAGGCUGAUUCUCACCUCCACACACCUAUGUACUUUUUCCUGGGACAACUGUCCUUCUUGGAUCUCUGUCAUUCCUCUGUCACUGUACCCAAGUUGCUGGAAAACCUGCUAUCCAAGACGAAAACCAUCUCAGUAGAGGGCUGUCUGGCUCAGGUCUUCUUUGUGUUUGCCACUGGGGGCACAGAAUCCUGCCUACUGGCUGUGAUGGCCUAUGACCGCUAUGUCGCCAUCAGCUCUCCUCUGCUCUAUGGCCAGAUAAUGAGCACACAGCUCUGUGUGGGGUUGGUGUGGGGCUCAUGGGGAUUGGCUUUUUUGGAUGCUCUCAUCAAUAUCCUUGUAGCUCUCAAUUUAGACUUCUGUGAGGGUCAAAAUAUCCAUCACUUCAGCUGCGAGCUGCCCUCCCUCUAUCCUUUGUCUUGCUCUGAUGUGUCUUCAAGCUUUACUGCCCUGCUCUGUUCCAGCCUUGUGCAUUUCUUGGGAAAUUUCCUCCUGAUCUUUUUCUCCUAUGUUCGAAUUAUCUCCACUAUCCUGAGCAUCAGCUCCACUACAGGCAGAAACAAGGCUUUCUCUACCUGCUCCUCCCAUCUCACCGCAGUGAUCUUCUUUUAUGGCUCAGGAUUGCUCCGUUAUCUCAUGCCAAAUUCAGGAUCCAUUCAAGAGUUAAUUUUCUCCUUGCAAUACAGUGUGAUCACUCCCAUGUUGAACCCCCUCAUCUACAGCCUGAAGAACAAGGAGGUAAAGGCAGCUAUGAGAAGAAUAUUGAGAAAACGUUUCAAAUUCUAG